AUGGGGAGUCAAGUUGACAGCAAGUUCACUUGGGUGAUUCAUAACUUACCCUAUUUUCAUUCGGAGAGAAUUUAUUCCGACUCUUUCGAAAUUGGUGGCUGCAAUUGGCGUCUUAUUGCCUAUCCCAAGAGCAAAUGGCUUAACCGCUUGACUUUGGAAGUCGCUGACGCUGAAUCCAUUGCUAUUGGAUGGAGAAGGCUGGCAAACUUUUCCGUGACUAUAGUAAAUCAGGCUCUUGAAAAAAUCUACCGACGACAAGGUCAUUAUUUCUGA